AUGAAUUUAUUCAAUAAAAAGAAGCCUACUGCUACAACAGACAAUGCAAGUAACACUAGCAUACAGAAACAAGUGUCCAUAGUUGAAGAGGAAAGAGCAGCGGAACCAACACAAAGUUACCUGCUUCCCGGUGUGCUCGUUACUACUCUCUUCUUCCUGUGGGGUUUCAGUUACGGUCUACUGGAUACGUUGAACAAGCAUUUUAGAAAUGUAUUGGGCAUUACCACUACAGAGACUACCUAUAUGCAAGUUGCUUAUUUUGGGGCCUAUUUUAUCAUGAGUAUACCUGCCAGUUUGAUCUCCAAGAGAUUUGGCUACAAAAAGACCAUCAUCUUUGGCCUUGGGCUGUAUGUCAUUGGUGCCCUUUGCUUCUAUCCUUCCGCCACCAACUUGAGUUAUGGAGGAUUUGUUGGAUCGCUGUUUGUCAUUGCAUGUGGAUUAGCUACCUUGGAAAACUGUGCAAAUACCUACAUUACCAUCAUUGGAUCAAGAAAGUAUGCAUCGCUCCGUAUCAAUGCUGCUCAAGGUUUCAACGGCCUAGCAUCCACUAUUGCACCCAUUGUUGCUUCCUACGCCUUCUUUGGUGGCAAAGAGGAUGCAGGAGGAGACUUGGAGUCUGUCAAGUGGACCUAUGUUGGUGUUGCUUGUGGUGUCUUUCUCAUUGGCGUCCUGUUUUGCUUUGCCAAAAUCCCUGAAGUUGACGAAGAAAAACUCAUGGCAGCUGAAGCCGAGGAGACAGGCGAAGUGGUGCGCAGAGCCUCCAUCUUUUCUCCACAUCUCCUGUUGGGUGCUUUCACACAAUUCAUGUAUACAGGUGCUCAAGUAACACUUGCAUCCAUGUUUUUGUUUUAUAGCAAUGAGGUUGGUCAUAUGCCUGAUUCUAGGGGGUCCAUCAUGCUUUCUGUCGGCCAAGCCUGUUUCACCGUGGGUCGAUUCCUGGGUGCCAUCUUGCUCAAAAUGUUCCGCCCUGACUAUUUGAUGGCUGUAUACGCUGUAGGUGCCAUUGUCACCAAUGUGUUUAUCAUUGCCAUGAAGACACCCGAGACUACCUAUGCUUUGAUCAUCUUGCUCUUCUUUGAGAGUGUCAUGUUCCCUACCAUCUUUGCAUUGGGUACCAAGGAUUUAGGUAGAAAUCACAAGAGAGGCUCUGCUUUAAUUAUUAUGGGCGUCUCAGGUGGUGCUGUACUCCCACCUAUUCAAGCUGUCAUUCAUGACCACAGUAACGUGAAUAUCUCUUUUGUCAUACCCCUCGUGGCCUAUGUGGUUGUUCUCUUGUACGGUACUGUUGGAUGUAGAUGGAUCAAAUAUGUGGAUGAAGAUAUUGCCGCUAAUCAGGGCGUGGUUUCCGCGCAUGAAGACGGCCAUGUUGUUGAUCAAGCCAACAAGCACAAAGGCUUAUAG